GAGCGUUUUAUUGUUAUGUAUUGCUACUGCAAAACGACAAAUUUGACAAGGUAUGCUGGUGAUGUUAAACCUGAUCGUGAUUCUAAAAAUAGAAAUGUUAACUAAAUUCGGCUGGUUCUGGAGGACAGGCAACCACACGGUGGGUUGAAGGGCGUUUCCUGCUUUUUACUAUGUCUGCUGCCAGUUGCAGAUUAGACAAGGUAUCUUGACAAUGAGUUUGGUGUUGCAGCUGGUUGUUUGCGUAACGCGGGCAGCGGGCGGAGUCCGUCUUUCAACUUGAAACUUCCCGUUUCACAACGACGGAGCACACGGACUGAUCACGGUUCACCAUCCUUACCCGCGUUUUCCGUGAUUGUUCAGUUUAUAAACCCGACAAAAAUGGGAACCGUAUAAACCCCAAAAGGUGAGCUUUACAUUGAUGGGCAUCUUGCACUGAGGGUGUGUGCGGUUUGGACAUCCGUGUACUACUGAAUAGUUCCCCUUCCCUCAGAACAGAAGCAGAACCACUGUGCGGUCUGACAAGCCUCUCCUUUUCCGUGGGCAUUCGUCACGGAACCUUUUUUAGCGGAGUCGAGCCCAUUGCCGGCUCCCAGCCCAGAGUCAGACAUCAUCCCGAAUCGGUGUUCGGCUGCUCGGAAGGUCCCAGCACGGUCCCCGCACCGCAGCCAUGGGCAAAGUGAAGACCUUCGCGAUCCUCUACGACCGCCCCACCUACUCCUGCGGGGAGCUGGUCUCCGGACGGAUUGUGGUGGAGCUUACGGAGCAGAUCCAGGUGAAGGCUCUUAAAAUCCACGCCAAGGGCCAGGCGUAUGUUGAAUGGACAGAAACGGACACUUCUUCCGAGACCAACCAGACUGAGAGUUAUACUCAGCAGCUGCGAUACUUCAAGCACAAGCACAUGUUGAUUGGAACAGAGUCUUCUGAUGAAGUUACUAUGUUGACAUCGGGCAGGCAUGAGUAUCCGUUCAGUCUUGUGCUUCCACACGCGCCGCCACUACCUUCUUCCUUUAAGGGUACAUAUGGCCAUGUGAGCUAUUGGAUGACAGCCAAACUGCACAGACCUUGGAAACUGAGAACAAAAGUAAAAGAACCAUUCACGGUAUUUAACCAGAUUGACAUUAGUGCUCCCGGACCACUACUGGAACCGCUAUCAGUAAUGGAUGAGAAAACUAUUUGUUGCUGCUGUUGUGCCUCAGGACCAGUCGUGCUAAAUGCCAAAAUUGAUCGGAGAGGAUACGUUCCAGGUGAAACAAUUCAAGUAUUUGCUGAAAUUGAGAAUCACUCGUCCCGCAAAGUCAAUCCAAUGGCAGCCAUUUUUAAAACAAUCACCUACCAUGCAAAAUCCAAAACAAAAAUGUCCUCCGAGCUUGUUACCAAAAUCCAGGGAGAGGCAGUACUAGCCGGACAGAAAGACAGCCGGAUUACAAUGCUGUUGAAAAUUCCAGAAGUUCCUCCAACACUGAUGCACUGCAGUAUUAUCCAGAUGGAGUAUUCCAUUAAGGUGUCAGUGAAGAUUCCAAGAGCAAUGAAUUUAACCGUCAACUUGCCAAUAGUUAUUGGUACAGUUCCAAUGCAUCCUUACGCUGAACCAGCGGGUGAUUUUAAUGUCCAUUAUGGGAUGGAUUACAGCGGGGUAAACCAAGCACUUCCUGUUGGACCUGAAGUAGGUGCUGGGUUUAUAGUGAACAACAAGAAUACUGGCUUCUACUCAUGAAGGGAAUGAAAAGUCUUCAAGAGGUAUCACAGAAUGAAGAUUAAAUGAAUCCUGCAGGGUUGGAUAUAUGAUGUCUAGUUGGCUCCUCUGUCCUUUGGCAUAGUACAAUUCCUCAGGAAAGUGUCUUCUACUUAAAAACACAAUAAGCUUGAAACCAAAAGAAAUCAUCAAUUGUACUUUAUUGCAUUUGUAUUUUAUUAUCUUUAUGAAUGAUAUUAACAGACAAUAAAAUACUUGCACAUUAGCCAGUACACUUCAACAAUAGUGUUCUUCAAUAUGUUGGUGUCAUUUUCUAUUAACCUUCAGAGAAAGUUAUAAAUGUUCUUAAUUCUUAAUGAGUUGAUACAUUACAAAUGUGUAUGUUUGUGUUGUCAUAAUAUCAUCAACUGAUGUCUUACAUUUAUGUACAUUCUGUACCCAUGAAUCUGCAAUGUAUAUAGCAGUAAUUAAACUGGAGCAGAUUUUUUAAAGAUAGGAUGCAUUAUACAAGUUCUUUAAUGCAACAUAUCCAAUUGAACCUCUAGACGCAGCUGAAUCUGCCAGCAUACUCCUCUGUUCUUAUUCUGUUUGUUCAACCUCUUCAAUGUACAGUUAUGUGCAAAAUUCUUCGGCACAUUCAAUGGACCAAAUGGCUUAAUUCUGCUUCCAUGUCUUAUGGUCUUGUGUGUGUGUGUGUAUACAGCAAGGUUGCCUAAUACCUUUGGACAAUACUGUACUAAUUUCAUGUAUUGCACUGUACUGCCACAAAAAAAAAUCAUGGCAUACAUGGCUGAUGGUAAACCUGAUGCUGAUCUGGGUCUCUACUGUGGACUGACAGUGGGAUGGGGUCAGGAAGAAGGGAAUCAUGGUUGGGAAAAGGGGAAGGAAGAUGGGUGGAAGUGGGAAGCACCAGAGAGACAUUCUGUAAUGAUCAAUAAACUGUUUGGAAUCAAAUGACCUUGCCUGGUGUCUCAGAGCUGGGUGUAUCUGCAUCCAUGCCAGCCCCUGCCCCCACAUUCUUUUGCCACCUGUCUCAUGCCACCCCUGUGGCACUCCACCCUCACUGUUCCCAACAUCCUCUGCUCCUACCAAGUUUACAAACUCACUCUCCACUCCACUUCGACAAAUACAGUACUUAGGCAUCUUAGCUAUAGGCUUGGGCACCCUAACUACAGUAUAUAUACAUGCCUAAGGCUUUUACACAGUACAUAUUUGCCACAACCAUCUCCAUAGAGUAGUGAAUUCCACAUUCCCACCACUCCUUGGCCAAAGAAAUUUCAUUUAAAUUCCCUUUUUAGGUUUGUUAUUGACUUUCUAAGUUCUCUAAAGAGGCUCUUUCCCGACAGGUGGAGGCAUUUCAUUACAGCUUUUUUAUAUUUUUAAAGUCCUCCACUGUUACAUUCUGCUCAUUUCAGCAAUACUGGAACAACAUAAAGAAGAUCCUGCAUAUUCAUGAACAUUCCACAUUCUUGGGGGCGCAGCGAUCCAAAUUUGGGUCUUCUCACUUUCGGUAAGGAGGCUGUACGUUCUCCCUGUGACCUCGUAUGUUCCCUCUGGGAGCUGCAGUUCCCUCUCUCAGUCCAAAAACAUACCAGGUAGUUGGUUAAUUGGGGUAAUAGGUGUAAUUGGGCAGUGCGGGCUUGUGGUACCAAGGUCCUGUUAAUCUGUUGUAUCUCUAAAUAAAAUUAGAUUGUUAAGAGAAAAAAGAUCUGUACCAACACCUUUUUUAAAUAUGUAAACUCCCACAUUUCUGAUAUCAACCUUGUAAAUAUUGCUUUAAUAUUCCUUAAUUUAAUUUCUUAAUUCCUUUUUACCUUCUAAGUUGACUUACUUCCUUCUUUCCAUUUCCUUGCGUAUUUUUUCACUGUGAAGCUGGUGUUGUCUACAUUUUGAAGGUAUGCCUUUACUUAUGACUAAUUCAUCCAUGGAGUCUAGUGAAUGUUUCACUUGUUCUUUUAAACAAAUCUAUUUUUUAUGAACUCCAAACACCUCGUAAAAUGUUCUCAGCAUAAUAUUUGCAUCGUUACUUAUCAGUGUGUUUAACUUCUUAUCUUCUAUUUCCCAGCUUCGUAAAAUCAGCUUCACUCUAAUCUAUUGGCUUUGUUUUCUUUAUUGUUAAGUCCUUGAAUGUUCUAUGCUCAGUAUGGGGUUAAAAGCUCCCCCUACUUUUUCUUCUUUUCUCUGAUUUUGUUUGAUUACGUAUUUCCGGAUUACAUAAGACACAGGAGCAGAACUAGGCCAUUUGGCCUAUCGAGUUUGCUCCGCCAUUCAGUCAUAGCUGACUUAUUAUCCUUCUCAACCCUACUCUUAUGCCUUCUGCCCAUAACAUUUCACACUCUUAUUAAUCAAGAACCUAUCAACUUUCACCUUAAGUAUACACAAUGACUUGGAUUCCACAGAUUCACCACUGGCUAAAGAGAUUAUAGGAACUAUAGGAAACAUCCGCUCCACAUACAGUCUACCUAGGCCUUUCAAUAUUUGAGAGAUUUCAAUAAGAUCCCCCCUCAUUCUCCUAAACUCUAGCGAGUACAGGCCCAGAGCCACCAAACGCUCAUCAGUUAACCCUUUACACUAAGACCAUAAGACAUGGCGGCAGAAUUAGACCAUUCAGCCCAUUGAGUCUGUUCUGCCAUUUCAUCAUGGCUGAUCCUGGAUCCCAUUGUUACAUAGAUUACAAUAGUGACUAUUCGGAAAAAUGUAUUUCAUCUAUUAUGAUGCAGGAUAAGCAUCAUAAAAUUGUUUACGGAUUCAAGAUACCUCUUCUCUUUCCUCAACUUCCCCUAGUGAUCCUACUCCUUCUCUUUCUCCCAUAGUCCACUCUCCUGUCCUCCUUGUUCAACCCUUUACCUCUUCUAUCUAUCAGGUCCCAUCUUCUUUCUUCAUCCCACUCACCUGGCUUCACCUACCACCUGCCAGUUUGUUCUCCUUCCACCUUCUUAUUCUGGCUUCUUCCCUCUUCCUUUUCAGUUCCGAUGAAGAGUGUUGGUCCAAAAUGUUGACUCUUUAUUCAUUUUUAUUGAAGAGCAGAUGGUGUGGAG